GAUUGUUUGUGUGUUUGUCUGAUUGAUAUGUGUGUGAUUGUGACCAAAAUUGUAAAAGGAGAGAUAAGAGUAGUCUGUACUUCGGUGUGCGUGCGAACGGUUGUACUUAGAAAUUACCUGACAUUAAAUUAUAUAUAUUCAUUUUAAUUAUUUGUUUUUAAUGUGCCAUCCUCUCACAUUUUGUUCUUUACAAGAAAAAAAUUUAUUGAAAUAAAAUAAAAUGUUUUAUCAAAAGUAUUUAGAGAAAUGUAUACGUUUAGAUUCUCUCUUCUUCUUCAGAUUGUCAGCAAGGUUCUUCUAAGAGCCCUAUUUUGAAUAAAGCACAGUAGGGCAAUUUCUAUUUGUGUUACAUAUUUUGCAAACGUCCUGGGAGUAACCUGGUUAGGUCCACGCCAGAUUUUCCUAUAAAGGCUCUCUUGUGGCAAAUGAAAUUGUACUUUAACGGCAACUGAAGUUGAAAUUAGUGUAUACGUAACGUUAUUAUUAGAAUGAUUCUUGGAGAAACAAUGCACGCAAAUCUUGUCAUGUAGGUACCUAUUAUUCCUAAUUGCAGACAACCAAAUACAUUGACAAUCAGAAAACCAUCUAGUCUUCUGUAUAGGAUAAAAUCAAGAUGGCGGUUUUGCAAUUGGGCUUGUCCUCGUGACGUCAUUGGUUCAUCGGCAACCAGUUAGGAGGACGCGAAAGCUUCGAAACUCCGCCUCUACCUUGUAGAAUUUCAUGCUGACUAUACCAUAUAUACAGAGAAGACUUGGAAAUUUAAAUAGCUAGUCAGUCGUCCGUUGACUGCGGUUCAUUUCAGUUAAGUACUCUCAAGCGUAAUUUUUAAUGUUAGUAAUAUUUAUAAUAUUUAUAAACUGAAUAUUUUAAACGUAUGAGUCAAAAGUGUAAUAUAAAUAAUAUUAAAUAUAAUUUUUAAAAUGGAGUUUUAGUGUUAUUGGAUUUUUUAAAUUAAACAAAGUUCUACUAUGAUUUGUUGUGUUUUUAAAAAAAUAUGAAGUGAAGAUUUAUCUUUCUUGUAUGGAAAAAAUAGUGGUCAGAUACAUGAGUACCUAUAAAACAAAUAUGGAAUGUAGUGUGAAAAGUUUUUGUCUUUUAAAGUGAGUGAAUUUUGUUGUGUUUGCAUUCUUUGUCAUGGAUUCAUCAGUAGAGGAAACUGAACUAGAUGUUGAAUCUGUUAAUGAUGAAUUGGAAUCUGUCGAAGCUAAAAUGCGAUCAAUUCCGAAACCUUUUACAAUUGAAAGUUUAAUUGGCAAUAAGGGUCAAGCGGUAGGAGUCAAUAAGGAAUAUAUGAAGCCAAAUGAAAAAAUACGGGGAAAUGAACAAAACUCUGAUCAAGAAAAGGAAUUUUUUUAUCAGCAACAUUGUCUUGCGACGGCAACAUCAGCACUUCCAGGAUUAUUAUACAACUCGUGGUUACCAUUAAGAAUGUAUGGUGGCAAUAAUGGUCCAGUGAUUCCUUCUCAUCUCUCUGCAACUUAUCCCUCACAACAAAAUCAUCAAAGUCAAUUGUCUCACAAUUUGACUUUUGGUUUAAGCAACUAUCAUAGUUCGGUAUAUUCUGCUAAUCACACAAUUCAUCAAAGAACAAAUUUAACAGACAGCGAAGAUGACAGAAGCCUAUCACCUUCUUCUCCCAUUCAGGAUUUAUCAAAGUCACGUCAAGGGUCAGAAAAUGGACGAGUUUCGGCAGACAGUGAAGAUGAGAGUGGAGGAAAUGAGGCAGAGAGUAUUGGCCAAGGAUCCUCCUUAGCAAACAGUACGAGUAGUUCGAACAAUAAAGCACGUCGCCGACGAACGGCUUUUACUUCUGAACAGCUUCUUGAGCUUGAACGUGAGUUCCACGCGAAAAAGUACCUCAGCCUCACGGAACGCUCGCACAUUGCUCACGCCUUGAAGCUCUCCGAAGUGCAGGUAAAGAUUUGGUUUCAAAAUCGCCGAGCCAAGUGGAAAAGAGUGAAAGCCGGUCUCACAAGUGGAGGUGCUGGUCCAACCAGCCGACAUUCUGCAGGAAGUCAGCACUCGAGUUCUGGUCCCAGAAUCGUGGUCCCAAUCCCAGUUCACGUAAGUCGGUUAGCGGUCCGAGCUCAUCACCAUCAUUUGGAAAAGUGCCCUCAGUCCCAACCAAGAACCACAAAUUGUAAUAUCACCAACUCUUCAGCCCUCGGACAUCUCGGAAAUAGUCUAUCCUCUAGAAUUUCUUCAACCAUCUCCAAUGGUACAUCCUUGAAUCUUGGCUCAAAUACCCUCAGAGCUUUUUCUACUCCUCAACACACUAGUUCAGGAAGGUAGCCAGUAGUUUAAUUCAAUUAUUUAUUUAUCAUAACGUAUUGUACAAAUUAUAUCUUGAAUGUAGUACGAACAAAUUUUGAUAUACUCAAACACUAUCUCUUCCAAAUUAGAGAUUUUAUUCGCAUAUUUUCAACGUUUGAGUGAAUGUAUUUAUAUUUAUUAAAUUUAGCCGCAUUUUUAAAAUGUGA